AUGUAAACUCAUGCAAAAUAAGUGGUUGCAUUAAUCAAUCAAUUACCUAAGAAAGAAGAACUCAAAUUCUUAGAAAAACAACCUGGAAACAAAAAAAUAAUUUCUGAAACCAAUUAGGUCUUUAUCUCAGUCAUUAAUGGACUACGAUCUUUGGUUGGAGAUGUUUAAACAAAUUCAACAACUAUACCAUUUAAAGUAUUCUCUCAUAAGUAUGUAGUAAAUAGAAGAAACAUUAGAUUAAUUUUUAGAAAAUGCAGCCAUUUAAUAUGACAAAAUGAAUAAAUUAAGUUUAGCUCCAAAACAACCCCAAAUUUAAAAAACAAACUAACUUAAACCAAAAGAUAUUUAUGGUUUUGCUGAUGUAAUUUAGCUUAAUAAAUUACCUUUUAUUCCUGUUUUAAAAUAUAAGCAUUAUGCUCAAACAGAAUUAGAUUAAAAAAUAAUAGAAGCUUAAAAUACUCCAUAUUAAUUUUUUGAGAAAUAUUCAAUAGAUGAAUUUGCACAUCCUUAUUAUGAAGAAAUAAUGAGAUUAACACCAUUAGAUUUUGUUAUUGAUGUGCCAUAAAAAAUUAAUAGAUAUAGAGAUUUAGAACCACCAAUCAUGAUUAAUAAUCCAGAUCAUUUAGGUGAACUUAUCCUUAAAAUACAAUAAGAAGUAGAUUAGAAUGGUUUUAGUGAGAUAGCUGUAGAUUUAGAGCAUAAUCAUUAAAUUUCAUAUUUGGGAAUCACUUGUUUAAUUUAAUUAAGCACAAGAACAUAAGAUUAUAUAAUAGAUCCUUUUCCUUUAUGGAAAUAAAUAGGUGAUAUGUUGAGUGUUGUUUUUACAAAUCCUAAAAUUAUAAAGGUUUUUCAUGGAGCAGACAAUGAUGUUUAGUGGUUAUAAAGAGAUUUUGGUUUAUAUAUUGUAAAUUUAUUUGAUACUUUUCAUGCAUCUAAAGAAUUAUAACUUAUGUAAAAUUCAUUUUAGUUUUUGUUAUCAGAAUAUUGUAAGAAAUCAACUGAUAAAACUUAUUAAACAGCUGAUUGGACUUAAAGACCAUUAUCUGAUGAAAUGAUUAAAUAUGCUUAAAUAGAUACUCAUUAUCUACUUUACAUAUAUGACAGAAUGAGAUAAGAUCUUAAAAAAUUAAAUAAACCUAACGAGAAUAUAAAUAAUAUUCCAAAUUAUUAUAUUGAAACUGUAUUAAAACGAAGUAAAGAGACAGCUCUUAAAAUUUAUAAGAAACCUUUGUAAGAUUAAGAUUAAUCUUUGCAAACAAUUCUUAACAAGUAAGAUAGGAGAAUGGAUGCAAAAAGUUUUGAUUUAAUGGUGAAAUUAUUAGAGUUAAGAGAAGAAUUAGGAAUUAAAUAUGAUCAAAAUCCAAGAUAUUUUUUACCAAAUCCAUUUUUAUUUAAAAUAGUUGAAUCAAAACCUACUACAAUUUAAGAAUUAAAAAGUUAAUUAGGAGGUGAUAAAAAUAUCCAUGAUAUUGUUAAAGAAAAUCUCUGGUAAUUCUUAAAAGUUCUAUUGGAAUUUGAUGAGAAAAUUCCAACUGUAGAUAUUAUUUAGGAAGAAUAAUAGAAUACAGCAUAAAUAUAGAUUGAGGAAGUACAAUCUAAUUUAUAAGUUGAACCAUUAAAAAUUAUUUAAGUUUCAGUUAAUAUUAAGAAAUUCUAAAAUAAAAAUAAAAGUAUUAUUGAACAUUUAUAAUAAAAUGAAAAUAUUGAAUUAAUAAAAUCCUAAUUUUAUUGUGAAUCACCUUUUAAAUUGUUAAAUGUUUUUCAUGAUGGCUUAGGAUCUUAAAUAUUUCAAUCAAUGAAGGAAUAAAGUUAAUAGCAAAAAUAAUAAAUUGAAGAAGCACAACAAUAAAAAAUAGAAAAAAUUAAUACAUCAGAUUUCAUAUAACUUCCUAAACUAGAAGAACAAAAUCGUGAUUAAUAGAAGGAUUUAGAUAUUAGAUUAAAUAAUACACUAUAAAAUUAGCAUGGGACAAAGAUUUUAAAAAGACACUAAAAAAUAGAAUAGUAAAAAACAUAAAAAUCUAACAUUAGUAACAGAUUUUAAAUAUCAUGA